AUGAGAACAGCACUGAACGGUUUUGCGCCGAAGAAUGCCGAGGAGCGCUACCUCAGAUAUGCUGAGGAAGCGCGUAAAUUUUUCCUUGGGCCCAUGCCAGUCGACGACUUCCUUGACUUCUUACCAAAGGCAGAUAUGUCAGGCAUGCCGAGACCUCGAAAUGCAUUUGAUGCACUUCCACGCAAGCCUAAGAGAGAAAGUGAGAUAUACACACCUUUGAUUGCCGCGCUCAACGGAGGGCUCGAUCCUCGAUGUCCCGGGUUUACUUUCACAGACACGUCUACCAGGAGCAUAAAUCAAGGAAAGGUUGGGUCAAUGAAGCCCGAUGUUUGCUGUUAUGCCAGCGAUGUCCUAAAUUCUGUUCACAAACAUCCGAAGACAGGCAAGCACGUCGCAGACCUUGGCUAUACCGACUUAUUCUUCGAAUUGAAGCGGCGUAAGGAUCCCCCAAUCGUUCGCCUUCGUUCCCAUCACCAGUUCAUUUUGAACAUAAAAAAUAAGACCACCCUCCGACAAGCCACAGAAGCGUUAGGCCAGAAUACUGCACACGCAACUGAGGCAAUGGCUCGCCAGCACCGCUCUUUCUACUUUUCAAUAUCGUUGGCCAGAACGAGUGCUCGUAUCAUCCGUUGGGACCGCGGUGGCGCUAUCGCUUCGGAAGCAUUUGACUUACACCAGCAUCCGGAGCCUCUCUGCGAGUUCUUGUGGCGGUAUGCUCACGCAUCGGAGUCGCAACGUGGGUAUGACCCCACCGUUGAAUGUGCGACUCCAGACGAGGAAGACCUAUUCAGGACGGCUAUCGAGCGUCAUGUCCAAAUACAGCUCGGGCUCCAAGCUGGAGACUCGCUGAAGAAAGCUGUAGAGGAACACUAUGAGCCGGGCAUCGUCGCAGCAAUUCACAUAGUCGACGAAGGCUCUGAAAAUACGGUGCAUAGGUUGCUCGUCUCUCGACCAGUUGUGUCGCCCCUGUCGAUGGCGAGUCGUGCAACACGUGGAUACUGGGCCGUGAGCGCUGAUGGCUCUAGCCGCGGUGAAGUCCUGUUCUUGAAGGACACGUGGCGAUACGAUGCGGAACGCUUGACCAAGGAGGGUCAGAUUUUGGCGGAUCUACGAGGAUGUGGAGUACAGAACAUACCACUACUGGCAUAUCAUGGGGACGUGCCAGCUCAGUUUCUCCCAGGGGCUGGAACAAAGCACAGAGGCGACGAAGACAAAGUCGUGGAUCAAACCAUCACAGGGCAUAGAAACGAAGCAGAGGAUAACCAGAUUGAUGUGCAACGAACGCAGACGGACGUGCAUCAAAAGGCGUGGUGGGUAUGCCUUGGGGACCAACCUGAGAUCCACCUGUUUCCCCACGUCCAUUAUCGGCUUGUCUUGGGUACGGUUGGGUACGGGUUGCAACGAUUCGAAGGAGCUGAGGAGCUACUCCAUGGUACUUAUGAUGCGUAUGAAGCCAUGAUGGGUGCUUUCACCAUUAAAGAUGAGGCCAAAAGUAGGUAUCAUCGGGACGUCAGUAUAGGGAACAUCAUCCUUCAUCGGGAUCCUAACUCGGCCAGCAAUACCAGGCAUGGAUAUCUUAUUGACUGGGAGCUGUCGUCUCUGGUGAAUGACCCGAACGGUCCUCGCAAUUACCAUAAAACAGGUACCCUCCAGUUUAUGUCACAGCGCAUGCUACAGACAAAGAAUAUGGGUCCUCAUACGUUCCAAGACGAUAUGGAGUCCGUCAUGUAUGUCGUGCUCUACUGCAGCCUGCGGUGGUUGCCACACAAUCUAUCUCCGAAUGCAUUGCUUCACAUCAUCCAGAAAAUGUUCGAGAACCAUUGGAUUCACGGAGAAAAUUAUCUCUUGGGAGGCGAGGGGAAGAUGACCAAUCACAUGAAUCGAAUUCACACUGCUGAAGUCACAUUUGCAACUGCCGGGAUUCAGGUGUGGCUCGAUACGGUCCUAACAUUUUGUGGAGACUAUGUUUUGGAUAAGCAGACGGAGUCUGCCAAUAUCUGGCGACAUCCUGAGGAAUUUGCCAAAUUCUGGAAGAGGUUUCUUCAAAGCCACAUGCUUCCCAGCGACAAUCGACACAACCACAUAGUCCUGCACGCGCCGCACGAUGGAAAUGAUGACUCUCAGCCGUACCCUGCUACCCGGUCUGCUUCACAUGUUUCUAACCUGAAGGUGGCCUCCCGGCAGACGUCUGCCACUCCGGAUAAAAUCAAUAUUGACUGGCAAAAGGAGUCCGAUUCAGUACUUCCGCAGAGCGGAUUCUACGCUCAAGAUUCAACUGCAUUCACUUCCAGAACAAAGCGUAGGGCGACAGGGGAAGCCGCCGGUGCCACCUCGCGGGCGAAGCGCAGAUCGACCAUGUUGAAUUUCGUCGCCAGGAGUUCGAUCGCGAGUCCAGUCUCUUUUGACCAGCAGCAGGCGGCAGAAUCUGAAGCACUCCCACCUAACGAGUUCAUCACCGGAUCUUCCACUUCAGUCUCAAAUACGGUAGGAGAGCCCUCGAAUGCCAAGAUACCACAGGCGACACGCAUUGCUGGGAUGCCAUCCCCUGGGAUGUUCCAUACCGAACGCGCCAUAACGGCAAGUUAUAUCGGUCAACAACCAGCCGUCGCGGGGAGCUCCAAUACGCAGAGAUCCCAGUCUAGCUCCGGGCGUCAGAUCCAUGGUCGACAGAAGAACAAGCGUUCAUUCAGACAGGGCUCGAGAGAGGAUGACUCACGUUCGAACAGAUGA